GUUUGUAUAGUCUUUUUAUAUAAACCACCGGCAACUAUCGAAGCGGGAAAGGGAGCCUCUCACCGGCGUUUACACCAUCGGAAUCUCAGUCUAUUUACAGUUAUUAUUAUCUUCUAGGUUCUGAAUAUACCAGAAAGUGUGCUACUUACAUACAAUUGAAGGGAAAAAUUCGCACAAUGGUCUCAGUCUCAUGUGUCUUAUCCAUUCGUCCACAAAGUUGUCUCCUUCCACAAUCUCCCGUUUCUAAUUCCGCCAAUUCUCAAUCGAAGCUACCCGUUGAUUGUCGUCCCAGGAGCUUCCCUUCACGCUUAUCGGUUUCCAUCAAGAGACAAUCGGCGGUGAAGAGUCGUUGUUUUUCAGAGACAAAGCGUCGAACACCUUCCGUGCAAUCCAAACGUGAGUUCUGGGAAGACCCAGACGAUGGUAGCGACAGUGAAGAUGAAGACGAAGACGACGAAGAAGAAGAAGGUAUCGGGAAUGAUUUAGAUUUCGAGAGUGAUUGGGAAGAAGGAGACUCCAGAGCCCAGAAGAAGCUUACUACAGACAACAACUACGAGGAACAGCUUGCAAGAGAGGUUGAGCAACUUCUUGAACCUGAAGAAAGAGCGAUUCUUCAGCAUAACGAAAUACCAAACCUUCAAAUGAUAUCAACUAAGAAGUGGAAACCGCUUCAGACUCUUGCUCUGUCAAUGCAGAUUCAAUUAAUGGACAACCUGAUGGACAAUGGACUAGACAUUGAUGAUGUUGACAAGGACGGCCAAACCGCUCUUCACAAGGCAGUUAUUGGUAAAAAAGAAGCAGUGAUUAGCCAUCUUUUGAGAAAAGGAGCAAAUCCUCACGUUCAAGAUAGGGACGGUGCAUCUGCGCUUCACUAUGCAGUUCAAGUUGGAGCCUUGCAGACUGUAAAGCUACUUGUUAAGUACAAUGUAGACGUCAAUGUUACAGAUAAUGAAGGAUGGACUCCUUUACAUAUCGCUGUACAAAGCAGGAAUCGAGACAUUACAAAGAUCUUGUUGACCAAUGGUGCUGAUAAGACAAGAAGAACAAAGGAUGGGAAAGUAGCUUUGGAUAUGGCUCUUUGCUUUGGAAGAGAUUUCAAGUCAUAUGAUCUGGUCAAGCUGUUGAAGAUCAUGCCCACUGACGAUAUAUAGAAAGAAUUGGUGAGUUUUUGAAUCAUCAGGUUGAGAUUAGUAAACCGGGGUUGCAAUUACAUGGUUUGUUUGUAAUCUAAUCCGCUUUUAAGUGAUAGAAGAAACCCGGAUGAGUUUGUAAGUUUUGUAAUACUACUAUUUCACUUGAUUGUUUGUUAUAAAAUCAAAAACCAUUGAAGAAA